UCCUUCUGUGGCACUAUGGCUUUCCUCUGGCUCUUCUCUUGCUUCGCCCUCCUGGGCUCAGCCUUCAGCUGUGGGGUCCCUGCAAUCCAUCCUGUGUUGAGCGGUCUGUCCAGGAUCGUCAAUGGCGAGGAUGCUGUCCCUGGUUCCUGGCCCUGGCAGGUGUCCCUCCAGGACAGCACCGGCUUCCACUUCUGCGGGGGUUCCCUCAUCAGCGAGAAUUGGGUGGUGACUGCUGCUCACUGUGGGGUCAGAACUUCUCACCGGGUUGUGGCUGGAGAGUUUGACCAGGGAUCUGAUGCUGAGAACAUCCAGGUUCUGAAGAUUGCCCAGGUUUUCAAGAACCCCAAGUUCAACAUGUUCACCAUCAACAACGACAUCACCCUGCUCAAGCUGGCCACACCCGCCCACUUCUCUGAGACCGUGUCUGCCGUCUGCCUGCCCAGUGCUACUGAUGACUUCCCCGCUGGCUCCCUGUGCGCCACCACCGGCUGGGGCCUGACCAAACACACCAAUGCCAACACCCCUGACAGGCUGCAGCAGGCCGCCCUGCCCCUCCUGUCCAACGCUGAGUGCAAGAAGUUCUGGGGCAGCAAGAUCACUGACCUCAUGGUCUGUGCUGGCGCCAGUGGUGUGUCCUCCUGCAUGGGUGACUCUGGUGGCCCCCUGGUCUGCCAGAAGAAUGGAGCCUGGACCCUGGUGGGCAUUGUGUCUUGGGGCAGCGGCACCUGCUCCACCUCCAGCCCCGGCGUGUACGCCCGUGUCACUGAGCUCAUGCCCUGGGUGGAAGAGAUCCUGGCCGCCAACUAAGCCUGUGCCGCAUCCCCUAGCUGCCCUGCCAACCCUGUUCUCAUACAGCUCAAUAAACUGGUCAGAAGCUUGA